AUGUCUGCAGUCGUCCGCCGUUUUAUCUCUUACAUUGGAAAGUGCUCGCUGAGCGACUUUAAAAACCCAACCCAUGCAACACUCGUUGACACCUAUUGUAACGACCAGGAGAAACGAGACCCUCGCAUCAAAUAUGCCAGCAUUGAAGGAACGGAGUUCCAUCGAUCUCACAAAGAUCGGACCGAUCCCAAGCAGGUGCUCUCCGUCAAAUUCUUGGAUGAGGAAAGAAAGAGAGUCGGAACGGGACAUCUGCACGAAGACGGAACCUCCAAAUUCCGCUACAAGCAGAAGGCUCCGGAGGAGUCACAGGACGGUGGAUUUGAGAAGUCUUGA